AAAGGAACCAGCAAAACGUUGAGUUUAAACGCGGUAUUCUGUGUUUAUUUGGAUAAAAUGAAGCCAAUUUUCUGUUCUAAUUUGUUAAAUUGAUAUCUGUUUGGUUUUUCUACCGAUAUGGCCACUCUUGGAGGGUUCAUUGUAGGAUUUGUCUUCAUUGUAGUUGUUUUUGCGGAUGAGAAAGUGAUCGAUCGAAACGAACUGCCUAUGCAGAAGAAACGAGGCGAAUGCGUGACCUUUACAGCCAAGCAUUAUUACCCAUUACUAAAGGAAAAUCAAACCAACAUCAAGUGGUUCAAAUACUCUACCGAACUGUCCAACGAAACCAAAAAAGAAUUAAAAAUAUAUAAGUUGACGUCAAGCGAUUCAGCGUUGUACUACUCAGAGAUGCAAACAGAAGGAGGGAAAGAAGUGACAAGAUACUGGUUGACCGUCGAAGAUAGCGCAAAACAAUUUCAUUUUUUCACAAAGAAAUAUGAAAACGGUGUGAAAAGUNUGAUUUAUAUUGUAAAAUACCGACUGCCGAAACAUGACAGCGGGUGGCAAUUUUUUUUUUUUUUUUUUUUUUUUUUUACAGCUAUUUGUGAUGUUGGAUGGCACUACUAUUUGAAUGAUCGCAACAACAACGAAAAGUGCUUCAAAUAUUUUUCAAAACCGAAAGCUUGGGAAGAUGCUCAUACGUUCUGCCAAUCCAAAGCUGCGCAAUUGGUGACUAUUGAUAGCGACGACGAAAAUACAUUUGUUGGCAGCCUGCUACAGUCYGGAGAUGGAGGAUGGAUUGGACUGAACGAUAAAUCACAAGAAUCAAAAUACAUUUGGAACUAUCAGAACACACCAACACCCAAGUUUUUCGCUUGGGAUAAAGGCAGUUUAGUCAACAAAGAACCGAACAACAACAACGAUGGAUGUAAUAUUGAGAACUGCGUCGAGUUGAAAUACUCUACGAAGAAGUGGAACGAUGCAGUGUGUAAUUCACAGUUUGGAUACAUUUGYCAGAUAAACACCAAUGACGAUAUUCCUGGCUGGAAGUGUAAUAGUGGAAAGUGCUACAAGUACAAUCGGUACAGCAAACUGACAUGGGAGAAGGCACGAGCGGCCUGCAUGGCUAUGAACGCUACACUUGUGACAAUUUCUAGUCGAGCUGAAAAUGAUUUUAUCUCGUCGAUGAUAAAUGAAAGCGCRUGGAUUGGAUUGAAUGACAAAGCAGAAGCUGGUAUAUACGUCUGGAACGAUGAAGGAAAGGACGAAUUUCAAAACAAAGCCACGUAUUUCAAUUGGGACAGCGGUGAACCAAAUGAUAAACUAUACAAUAAACKGUUGCCGACGAGGUGUACUGGGGAAGACUGUGUGCAGAUCAAGAAAUGGAAUGGAUCUGUCACGUGGGCUGACAUGGGAUGUGCCACGACUUUGCCUUUUGUCUGCGAAAAACGAACGGAUUUGUACAUCAGUUUUGCUGCUUGGAUUGCUAUUUCUAUGGGAGCAGGUCUUGUCAUCAGUAUAGUUGCAGCCCGUGGGUACAUGGAAUACAAAUCAAAACGAGGAAAGAAGGACGUCAAAGCUGCAUUGAUUUCAGAACGAUCAAAUGUAAAGACAUAAUUGUAAAAAGAUAUUGUAGCUCUUAACAACCAUGUUUGAUUAUCUAUUGUUCCCGAAAAAAAAUUUCAUAGAACAUCUAUUUAGGAAAAAAGGAUAACCAAACUAGCCAAAAAACAACAACAACAAAGAAACAAACAAACAAACAAGUGCUUGCUUUCAAGACCAUAUAGUUUUGAUUCAAUGUCACGGUUAUAACAGUAGAGUAACAAGUAAAGCAAGCUCUGAUCAGUGCGGAAUCGCAGUAGUACAAAGUUUUAACAGAUUCCACAUAAACGUCAAGGCKCCAAAAUCGUAUAAACUUCAGUAUAAACAGAGAAAAGACAAAUACUUGUACUGCUAUAUUAACAGAUCGGAGAAAUUUAGAAACUAAUAUUUAGCAUGUCUAAGAAACACGGUGAUAGCACGUGCUAUUUCUUAAAAAAACGGGCUAGUGACUGUGACAGAACGGUGUUUUAGAGUCGAUUYUGUAUGACUGUACGAAUCACGGUACCGUCUCGAAACGAAAAUGCCGUGUUUUGUGCAUAGUCAURYGAAAUYCGCUCUAUUACGCACAUUUUUGUACGACACACAGAAUAUAUAUAUGUAAAUAACACACAAUGAUGAUCAUGAUAUUUAUUAAAGUGAUUUUAUUUUACGAAUAAAAUGAAAGCAARUAGUAAGACAGUUUUCAAGAAAUUCUUUGUAUGUUUAUUUAAUUAUKAAUAAUUGGUUCAUAUUAAUAUAUUCAAAUGUUUGUGCAUUUCUAUUUACACUAUUUACACUCAAUGAAAAAAAUUUAAAAAAA